AUUCAAACAUAUAUUUGAUAUAAAUUGUUUUCUCCACUUAUUUUCUAUAUUUAGUUCUCCAACUAAAUAUCAAAAUAUCUCUAUUUCAUGGCAUUGAUUUAUCCCUGUACAAGGUAUGCUUUUACACCACAAUCAAACGCUAUCUUAAAACACCUUGUGGGGAUAAUUUUAGAGGAGAGGCAAACGAUAACCACUUGCUUCACUCGGUCAAGUGUGCAAUAUUGACUUCCUUGCGUAGGAUGUAUCCAGCUGGUUUCAUGGUUAGUGGGAAAACAUAUAAAAAGAAUAAGGAAAAGACGAAGAAACCAACAUCGUUUGCUUCCCUUCCGACGACUGGAAGGCGACUUCUCUGUAUCAUCAACUAUUCACGGUCAACGGAGCAGCAACCCGGUGUACCAUGGGGAAGCUGAAGCCCUCUUGCUCUACUGCUCUGCUCCUCUUCUCCGUUCUUCUUUUUUGCUUCCCCUCCUCCCAAGCCCAGCAAGAAUACUUGAACAACGCACAAUUGAACUGCGACGGCACCAAUGGCUCCUCCACCCUGGGCUACUCCUGCAACGGGCAACGCAACUCCUGUUCCACCUUCCUCACCUUCCGAUCCCAGACCUCGUACCAGUCCCCCGUCCAAAUCGGCCAGCUCCUCAACGUCAACGCCUCCAACGUCUCCACCAUCAACGGCGUCGCCGACGGCUCCCAGGUCCCUGUCUCCAACCUCGUCUUCGUCCCCAGCGCCUGCUCCUGCUCUGGCAAGUACUACCAGCACAACGCCUCCUACACUCUCAAAUCCACCGAUACGUACUUCAUCGUCGCCAACAACACCUACCAGGGCCUCUCCACCUGCCAGGCCCUGAUAGCCCAGAACCCCUACAACAGCCGGAACCUCCCCGUCGGCGAGAAGGUGGUCGUCCCCUUGCGCUGCGCCUGCCCCACCGCCAACCAGACCGCCAGCGGCUUCAAGUUCUUGCUCGCCUACUUGGUCGCCACGGGCGACGACGUUGACGCGAUAGCCCAGAGGUUCAACACCGACUCCCAGUCGAUUCUGGACGCGAAUGACUUGUCAUCCAGCUCCGUUAUCUAUCCCUUCACCACGCUGUUGGUGCCCCUCAAGACCGAGCCCACCAAGGAGGGGCUCGUGAACCCGCCUCCGCCGCCUUCCCCGCCUCCGCCGACUUCCCCUGGCGCGACCAGCGACAAGGGCAGCUCUAACAAGAAAUGGAUAGGCAUCGGAAUCGGAAUCGGAGUCGGUGUUUUAGCCAUUUGUGGAGUUCUGGUUUGGUUCUUGUGCUGGCGCCGCCGCCGUGAACGCCAGCCAAUCCCUCAAGGUCCCAAGAUCGCCGGGUCCCCGUCGGAUGCUUUGGUUUCUAGCGAGAUCCGCAGCGUCAUCGGGUCGCUGACGUUGUAUAAGUUCCAAGAACUGGAGAGGGCCACCGGGUCUUUCGGGGAAGAUCACAGGAUCAAAGGAUCCGUUUACCGGGCUGUCAUCAACGGAGACAAUGCAGCGGUGAAGAGGCUGAAAGGUGAUGUGUCGAAUGAGAUCGAUAUAUUGAAGCACGUCAAUCAUUCCAACGUGGUCAGGCUGUCCGGUUUCUGCCUCCACGGAGGGAACACUUACCUUGUCUAUGAGUUCGCCGAGAGGGGAUCUCUCAGUGACUGGCUUCAUCGGAAGAGGGAUUGGAGUGUUUCGAGUCAUCUCGGCUGGCGGCAGAGGGUUCAGAUUGCUCACGAUGUCGCUGAUGGGCUCAAUUAUCUGCACAAUUACACGAGCCCGCCGUAUGUCCACAAGAACUUGAAGAGCAGCAGCAUCCUCCUCGACAGGGAGUUCAGAGCGAAGCUCUCCAACUUCGGGCUGGCAAGGCCGGUGGAGGAUUCGGGAGGCCCGCUCCUCACGAGGCAUGUUGUUGGUACUCAGGGUUACUUGGCGCCGGAGUAUCUAGAGCAUGGGCUCAUUACCCCUAAGAUCGAUGUUUUCGCAUUCGGAGUGGUCAUGUUGGAGUUGCUGUCAGGUAAGGAAGCUACCUUCGCCAAGGAAGGUGAUGAGAAAAAGGAGGUGCUGCUGUGGUCGUUGAUAGGGGAAGUUCUCAGCGGAGAAGAUGUGAGGAGCAAGUUGAGGAGUUUUGUCGAUCCUUAUCUACAGAAUGAUUAUCCCUUUGAUCUAGCAUUUGCUGUGGCUGAGUUGGCAAUGCGCUGCGUCACAUGCGACCCUGCAUCUCGCCCAAGCAUGACUGAGGUCUUUCUGUCCCUGGCAGCAGUUUAUAAUUCUACUUUGGAUUGGGAUCCAUCAGACUUUACUACAAACUCUGGCUCAAUAGUCAAUGGAUAGUAAACAGCUGCCCUACUCUUCAAAUGUGUAUCAUCUAUGUGUAACAUCUGGAGAAUUUCUUGAAAGAAAGUUUCGUUGCUUUAACGUCAAAUUGAUCUCUAUUUGUCUCUUUCGCCAUCUGAAAUUAUCCUAAGGUGAAACUUUUAUUAUGGAUCAAGUCCUGGAGUUGCUCCUAGCUCAGGAAGUAGAUAUAAGAGCUAUCCUUUCGCUAUUAUGCAAGUACCAUCUGAUAUGUAUGCAGUAAAGGAUGAGAUCGGGUUAGCAGGUUGAUGAUAAUGAGGUUGCAAGAUGAUCGCAUAAGGUAAAUUCAAGCUCUGGUUGAAUAAAAACUUCCAUGACAAGUGACUAUUGUGGGUUCUGGAUGCUUUUGGUACAGAACUAGGGGUACCCUUGUCGGUGCUAGUUUUCUCAAGUCAUGCCCAUCAAAGUAGUUGGGUAUCUUUCUGAAUGUCCUGUGUUGAAGUUUCUGCCAUAGGAUUCUCUUACGAAUAUGUAUGGGUUUGUCUGCAAUGGUUACGACCUGCAACUGAACCUUUUUAUUACGAUUGCAUGGGAAAUUAAUUCUCCUCUUUGAAAAUUUCCACCUUCUGCCUGUUUCUGAUUGGCUGUUGAAUGGCGCUCCUUUUGCAUGAGAGUUUGGAAAACACUCGCAAUUAAUUAUUUCAAGCAUCCGUGUGCGGUAUUCAGGAAUCUUAUUAUGGUCCUGUCAUGAGAAGUUUUCCUGACAGCAUGGAGACACUGAUCCUGAAAGUUUCUGCUUAAUUGUCUGGCUGCUGAAUCAGAAUGGAGCAAGGUUCAAGCUCUGCUUGGAUAAAAUAAUUUUGAUCAUAGUUAGAGGUCCAUUCUGCGCGUCUUCACCAGCAGUUCCCGGGAUGAUAGAUUGAGAGAACAUUCAAUGGCAGACCCUUUUAGCCUAUGUCUAUGGCAAUACUCGAACUGUCACAAUUAUCGGAUUUUCCAAGCUGUUUCUCAGCACACAGAUUGCAUCUACCACAGAGCACUGGUGCUUGCAAUGGAAUGUAACAAUCACAUUAGAUCUAGAUACAUAUCAGAUGCUAAAUAAGGAUAUUAGCUCAUUCUUCCUAGUGUUUUAGUCAAGGAUAUCAGCUCCAUUACUGAAACAGUACAGAUUGGUUCAUUGAAUCUUCUGUUUCCUCUUGACUGACUUCUGGGUUUGAUUACUAAUAGUCCAAUCUUUUCUUA